AUGAAUUCUAUAAGGAGGAAUACGAUAAGAGCUUUCACUAGAUUUUAUAGUGAAGGUACUCAGAGUACCCCUCCAGCCGCUACACCGUCUCCGCCUGCUAGUAAAGUAGUCCCUGAUGUUCCUGGACUGAGCAACAAUGUAAUCCAACCAGCAGCUACACCGUUGGGUCCCGGAGUGGAUCCCAAAAAGACCGGAGCGUAUAAAGUACCUGAAUAUUUUCAGUACGAUAAUAUGAGUUUCUUCGAAGCUGAAAUUGAAAUGUCCAAGUUUAGAUGCCCACAACCAUCUGCUCUCAAGAAGUAA